CCUCCUUUUUUCUCCGGUAUGGAACAAACGGAAUGUGUGGCCUACGCUUUUCUUAUGUGAAUCAAACGGCGUCGUUUUUCCUCUUUAUACUAUUGAAGAGCAUGUUAAUGAUCGCUCUGUUCUUCUGUUCUGCUUUCACUAUAAAUGCGUUGCAACCAUGCUUGGCAGCACAGAGCAUCCAAUUGGGCAUUAAUGAUAUAGUUGUAUCUGGUGGUAUGGAAAGCAUGUCUAAUGUCCCCAAAUACAUUGCUGAAGCAAGUGAGCCUGAGGCUAAGCCAAUGCGGAAGCUCUCGAUGUCAUUGGACCCACACAUAUGGAGGAUGACUUUGCUAUACAAAGCUUUGAGCGUGGUAUUGCUGCCAGAGAUAACGGUGCCUUCACAUGGGAAAUCACUCCUGUUGAAGUUCCUGGCCCAAGAGGCAAAACAUCAAAUAUCGUUGAUAAGGAUGCCGAUUUGGGAAAUGUUUAAACUGGAUGAAGAUUAACUAGUGCUGGUUGGAGCUGUUAUGGCAGCGGUGGUUAAUAGUGGUCCUACUUAUUGAGUCACCUGUCGACUAUGGUUUCAAUUAUCCAAAUGUUUGCAGAAAUUGGCGGAAGCAUCAAAUCAGGACGUUGAUUUUUGCUGCAGAAGCUUUUGAGCUAAUACCCAGUUUGGAUCGAUAGGAAAUUCCAACAUACUUUGCUAGGAAACAGUUUGGAUUCAUCGAGUAUUUUGUCCUAUUUUCGCGAUUUUAACUGCAUAUUUUGGCAGAUUGGUGUUCAUCUUACAUUGCAACAGCAGGUGGACUUCAUCGGUAGUUAUGACACUUCAUCGGUAGUUAUGACAAAGAUGAAAUGAGAGGCCUUGUUAUUGAAGCUCAAGAAGAUAGUAACCAACAUAAAUUCUAGUGACAUUAUUUUUUGAAUAUGUUUAAAAUCAUUUUGUACUUCAUGUUUAAUGCUUUUGCAUUCUAGAUUGAACCUUUCUACUUGAUAAGGUCUUCUCAUCGGUUUGAGCCCAAUACUUUGUUGAGAUGUAUAGUACAGUGAUUUAGAAUUUUGUUGGAUGUGAUGGUUUUAAAUUGGUUGUUUCCAGAUUUCCUAGUAAUGGAUACCUUCUUUAAGUUUUUCUUAUA